AUGGCCACUGAAAAGAGCCCCGAUGCUCUCGAGAAAUUCGAAACCUCGAGCGUCAACGCUGCAACACUUGAGCUUGGCAUCAGCGAACCUGUAAAUGCGCUGCAGCGCUUUUGCAAUAGACUUGAUGCCGUAUGUGGUGUUGAAGCUCGUGGUAUCGAAAGGAUACCGGAGGAAAUACGUGAGCGAGAUAUGAGUUACAAGGACUAUAUUCACAUGUUCACAAUUUGGUUCUCGAUGAACUGCACCGCCAACCAGCUCACACUUGGUGUGCUUGGUCCUGUGAGCUACGGCCUUGGUCUCACAGACUCGAUACUGUAG